CCUGCCUCGGCAGCAGCCCACCAGGUCAACGAGUUCGGGAGCAAGUUGCCUUGUCCCAGCCAUACCUCACCACUGCCCUAAAGAUGCACCUGUGCGAGGCGGCGGCGUGUGGAGAAAUGGUCGCCGAAGCUGGGGCAGCGGACCGGGUCGUCUGGAGGAGGCACGAAGGGUGGGGUACCCAGAAUAAGAAGGGGGACCCAGACCUCAGCAUCCCGCAACAUCACAAAGGACUCAAACGGAGGCAGGAACGGCGACAGUCGAGCUAGAAAACUCUUUCCAGGCAGACCCAGGGUCCUGAAUUGAAUUCUGGAUCUUGUCCCUACAACCUGCUGCGCCUGCCUUUUCUCAACGUAGUUGGCGGCAACUUUAUCCUUCUUAUGCUCGGGCCAAAACCCGAUUCCAGUCUUUUUCUCACAAUCCGCAUCCAAUUACCUGGUAGUUAAGGAAAUCGUGUUUCCUCUUGGGUGAAUAUGGACUUCGAUCCACACAAUUUUUUUCUUUCUUGGUCUCUGAAUUUUGGCAAACCACAUGACACGGAGAUCGACUGGAUUCGCCACCGGCUGCCUCAGACGCAGGUUUAAGACCUUUAAUCUCGGGUUCGUUCCGGGUUUGGGCUGCCGUUGAGAGUUUUUUCAGCUCUGCCUGUCAAAACAAGCCUCUCCAGACCUGUCUUCGAGGCCCAGGUCAGGAACCCCACAUCCCUUCCCUGUGACUUGCAAAAAAGUUUCGCAAGGCGUUGGUUCAAUUUGCCAAGAACACGGUGCGCGCGUGGGGAAUUCGCGGUUUCUCCGGGCUCUUCAGGUUCUCAGCCGCCCGCGGUAACGUCCGGGGUCAGUUUGAGUUGCGGAGACGCCCAGCAGGGGGGGACCGGUAAGGAAAGCGGCGGCAGCCCUCUUGGGUCCUGUCCUGAGGCGUUAGAGGGACAGGUGGAAAUAGAUCAAAAGGAAGGGCAGAAAUCCUGUGAGGUUUCCUGACCUAAAGGCGCCAUGAAGAUGAUGAAGUAGGCCUUCUCUGAAACCGGGUCCUCCAGCUGUUGAACCGAGUUCAGGUCUCCAGUGGAAGCCAAAGCAGGCGAAGCGGACCACCCCGGCCUGGCUGCUGGAAUCUGUAAGAGAGCUCUUCAUGAGAAAAUUCUCCAACUGAAGGCUGGGAUGCAUCAGCCCUUAGAGAAGAAGGGACCUGCUGAGAAGGGAGUGAAUGAGCAGGAACAGAAGACUCGGCCUGGGAAAGCAGGACUCUCCUCUGUGUUCUGCAGUGGGAAAUAUCAUUCCUUGAUUCAGGAUCAGGCUCGAGAAUUGACCCAUCUACGACAGAAGAUGAGGAUUGGGAGAGCAGUGUCUUCCCUUCUCAUCCAGCAUGUCAAAAACACAGUAAAGACCUUUGAGGAACUACUCCGCAGCCAUAGCAUUGACCACUACAUGGAACUGCACUUCCGUGAGCAGCUGGCCAAAGGAAGCCAGCUGGCAGAGAGCCUUGCCAGCAAAUUCAGUACUGAUGACUUUAUAAGUAAGAAGAAUCAAGCAGGACAGGUGCCUCUGACCACCCUCAGGGAGAUGCAUAAGAAGGGCAAAGUGACAGAGGUCCCAGAGACCAAGCAAGGCGCCUGGUCCCAGACGUGGCCCCAGGUCCUCUCCAGCAGCCACACGCGGACUGCCACCCACCACUCCCACAGCAGCACUUCUGCAUGGACUGCUGAGCAGGAAAUGCCUCCUGCAGUGGCUGCAAUCAAUGUCAGCCCUGCUAUUCCUGCUGAUUCAACUGUAUUGCCCAGCAAUUAUUCAGGAGCCAGGUCUGCCCAGACCUUCUAUCCUCUGCAUGGUACCAACCAGCUGAGCAGAACACCAGAACAUGGCAGCAGUGGCCUGAGGGAAGAGAUGAGACCUCAAAAAAUGAAUGCAUCUGGGGACCUAUCCUCCUUCUCCUCUUUGUAUCGGCCCAACUCCAGAUCCUCUGGGGCUGACCUGCUGGAAAAGAAUCUUGUUGAGAUCCAGAAGCUGCGCCAGCGCCUGGAGGAGUCCGUCUGCAUCAAUGACCGCCUGCGGGAGAGGCUGGAGCAUGUGCUCAGCAAUGCUGACCAAGGAAAAAGCUUGCAAAGAACAGAAAACCUAUUAUCACCUAGUAGAAUGAAAUCUGAAUGGUUUAAAAUGAGAACAAUUUACCAGACCCAGGUGAGCUCCAUUCAGGAGAAUGACAGACGCUGUCUCUCAGUGGGAAUGACCAGUGAGAAGUCAUGUAGACUGGCCAGCACAAUAGCUCAGUCCUGUAUCCCAGCACUUUGGAAGGCCAAUGUGGGAGAAGUACUUGUGACCAGGAUUUCCAGACUAGCCUGAGCAACAUAGCAAAAGCCUUGUCUCUACGAAAAAUAGAAAAAAUUAGCCAGGUGGGGGUGUGGGCUUAUGGUUCCAGUUACCAGGGAGUUGGAGGCAGGAGGAUCUCUUGACCCCAGGAAUUGGAGGUUGCAAUGAGGUAUAAUGAUGCCAAUACCCUCUAGCCUAGGCAACAGAGCAAGACCUAUGUCUCAAAAACAAAAUAAAACAAAACAAAAAACAGUUUCCUUAAGCCUAGUAGACAGCAAUUGUCAAAAUCUCAAAAUUAUUAAAAUGUAUUUUAACAUAUGAGUAAUUAUAUUUUUAUCUUUAGAAAACUAAGAAUAGUUUGAUAUUAAUUAGACAGUGUGUCACCAUGUAGAAAAGAUAGGCACUGAUAGCCAAAACGGUUCACCAAGAGCAAAUUUUAAGUGACAUAAGUUAGGAGGUCAAAGGAAGUGCCCAGAGGGUUGAGCCAACGGUAAAAAUCAGACCCAUGUUCUCUACAUUGGCCAGUGUAUAACUCAGCUUAAAGAAGACUUCUGGAUGCUAGCUUUUUAAAAAGGCAUGUAUCUUAGCUAGGGUUUUCAGAGGAUGAUACAGGAAUAUUUUAUAAGGAAAAGCUACCUGAGGAAAAUAUACCGUAAAUAUACUGUAAUAAUCCAGGUCCAUCAAAUAUUUGAAUGGCUUCCAUAUGAAAUUGAAAUUAGACUUUGUCUAUGAAGUUAGAGGACAGAAUGAACACCAGUGAGUGCAAGUGACAUGAAGGCCCGAGGAGGACUUGAUGAAGAGAGCAAUUUCUCUCAACUGAAACUGUCCCAAUAAAAGAAGCAGCAUGCCUCAUCAUGGAGCAGGUGUUCAAGGGCACAGGGGAUGUUUCCUCAGGAGAAAUGUCUUAGAGGGAAUCCCUGAAAGGAAA